AAAUCCCUUUAUAGUUAAUUUGUUCUAAAAAAUUUAAUCAUCUUUGUAAAUCCCCUCGACAGUAGCAGAAACAUCCCCUAAUAAACUUUUAUUGUUCGUGACACAAGUAUUGUUCAUUCUCAUCUGCUAUAAGUAAACAGGGAUUCAUUUCUUCGGCUUUAUUUGCCUUAUAUAUGUUAAGUAUAAAAAUAACUUUUAAAUUUGCUUUUAACAAUGUAAUAUGACCUGACUUCUUUUUUAGACUAUGAAAAUAUGAUAAAUUAAUACGAUACUAGUACUUUCACAUUCUUCUACACUGACAAUGUUUGUAAAUAAUCACCAUGCAACAAGUAUCAAAUUUCACCCUGUUUGCAUUGCAUGGAAAGAAAGAUCUUAUCAUGUAUAAAUAACUAAGAAGCUGUUGGAUGCCAAUAUGCGUCAUAAAUUUUUUGACAAAGAUUUCAUUGAGGAAGAGGGUCGGCAGGAUAUUUACCAUUGGAGUGAACGCCGUGAGCGGAACUAUAAAGGUUUCAGAAAAUCUGUGCACGUUUUUCGCAUCUUUGCAUUUAACACCAACCUGUUACGUAGCUUUUUUGAAAACUUUAAUCUUAUGGUGAUUCUCCAGAUGGCACUUGCUGGUUUGGUGACAUAUGCAUGUAAAUCUUUGAACAUAGUGUACGAUGUUCAUGUCAGCCUUUUUAUAUCACCUAUUGUUUUUCCACUUGCUUUUUCCAUAAAUACAGAUUUCCAAAGAAGAGAAAAAGUGCUGGAAGACUUAGCACUCUUUAAAUCUUCUGCCAUGAUGUGGUUAUUUUGUAUGCGUGAUUGGCGUGUUGCUUGUUGUUUUGAUGAUGCUUACAUGAAGGCUGUUGGAAAUAAAAUCAAAGGAUUAUUGUUUCAUUUAAGAGAAUAUUUAUUAACAGAAAAAAUUGACAGACGAAAAUUUAUUGCUCGUGUAAUUUACGAAGAUCUUAGUGAUGCGAAUCAAUUCAAUGAAAAGGUCAGAGGUAGCGACUUAAAUGCAAACUCUCCUUUAGUAUCAAGAAUCGUGCAUUUCCUUAAUAUGAUGUGUCUAGCCUAUGAAAGACUGCGUGUGAUAAGGGAGUAUCGUUCCCCUAGAUCCAUAAGAUCAUUCACAAAAGUUCUCAUAUUUGUGUUGCCCCUUCUUUUAUCUCCCUACUAUGUGUUUCUUGGAAAUAAGGAGAACAAUAAUUGGAGUCCAUAUUACAUAUCUGUUAUGGUUGCCUUUGUGUUUGGUGCUCUACAAGGUGUACAGGAUAAACUCGAUGACCCUUUUGAUGGAAUGAGCGAAGAUGAUAUUAAGUUAGACACGCUUGAUGAAUGGACUUUUCAAUCUUUAGAAGCCACAGUGCACAGGACAUAUAAAAUUGGGCGGUUUCAAGUAUCCUCAAAUCCUGAAAAUGAAAAAGAAACAGCAACAACAAUUAACAUGGAGGACGUUGAUGGAUUACAUAUGAAAAAGAAAAAUAUAUUUCAUAAGGAGAGACCUGCAAGAAAAGAUUCCAUAUUUCGGCACAAUCAUGGCACAAGAACCCCUCUACGUUCUCCUCGUUCUGUAUAUUAUGAAGGAGAUUCUAAAGGUGAAGACUUGGAAUUGCAUCCUUAUGCUGGUGUUUUGCAAAACAUCAGAGGCAACACAACAAUUCAUCGUGGUGGUCAUAUAAAGAGACAACAAAGUUAUGAUGAUUUAAACAGUGCAAAUAAUACAAUCACUAAAGAAAACAGCAAACCAAUCCCUUUUGUACAGGGAGUUUUUAAAGCUAAACAUUCAUCUCAAAUAAACUUAAAAAGUUUAGUAGCCACCCCAAUUACAGAUUCGACACCUGAAGACUGUCAUGCUGCAUGUAAUGUAAGAGAUUCUGACCAGAUAAGUUUCGCCGUUCGCGAAACACCACUUACAUUGUCUAAUAUUGCUGCUGUCAAUGCUGGAUUUGUUAUUGAUGACAGUCCAAUUAAUGGAGUCGCCUCUUAUUUAACUUCAAUAAAGAAACACUCUGGAGCAUAUUCACAUAGUAAUUCACAUAAUUCAGAGUUAUCGAAUGCUUCUAGAUCUGAAUCCUCAAACUAUAAACAAGAAAACAUCUCAAGCAUUUUCAGUGUUGGAAAUAGUGAACAACAAGUACCUCAAGUAAUUCCACAGUCACGAUUUCAUAUAUUUAAUGUAAGCUCAAGUACCGAUCCAUUGAUAAAUUCUACUUGUAGUGUGGAUUCUGAUACAGUUUCUUCUAGUGAUGACGAGUUGAAAAAGCGCUCCCACAGUGCUAAGUAUGUUAAUCAUAGGGAACCGGGCUGUAGUAAACGUCGAAAUUACAGUGACAGUGGAAAGAGUUUACGCAGUUCUCCUACCAAUGCAACAUCGCUAUGGGCAUCUCAAAGCGAAGCUGGCUUGUAUCAUGAACUAAAAGAUAAAGAAAUAUUUAUUUGAUUACAUGUACUAUAUUUAAAAAACAUUGUGUUGCGUUGAUAGUGAUAGAAUUAAUUUACCUGUUGCCAAUUUAAAUGUUUUAACACGUUUUGAAUUUUCCUGUUUAAAACAUAUGCCAGUUGUGUUAGAUCAUCACUGGUUGUAUUAACCAAGAAGUUAAAAUUUAGUAUUUAAUGUAAAUUUUUUAACAUGUGAGACACAGGCUUAGACUAUGUGCCUUUUUAAAAGAAUAACAUAUAUACUAACAUCAGGGUAAAGAUCCUAACUCCACAAAAGUUUUAAGACUUAAAAACACUAAGAAUUGAGUACGCAAGGACAAGAAAUUUCAAGACCUGUAUGUGCAGGUGGUAUUUAAAUGAGAGUUUUACUUCACCUAAAGCAAAACAAAAUUACUUUGAUCUCCAUUAAAAGCAUUGUAGUGUUUACAUAAUUCCACCAAAGUGAAUUUCGCGUUGGUCUAAAAUUGUGCAUGCUCUGAGAUUGCUCAUGUAUAAAUUUUAUGUAAACACACUGAGGUGAAGCCUAAGUGAGUGAAACUGCACAGGUGCAGUUAUCGUACAGUGUAAGAGACAACUGCGUCCUGAAAUUUUCCUUCAAUUUGGACGCAGUGAAAUUUUGUGUAAGCACCGCGAUUUACUGUGGCAUGAAAUUUUACUUCACUUAGGACACUUUCUUAAAAUGUUGCCUAAAUGUAAAUCCAGCAAUGUAAUUUAACAAAAGAAUAUAAAAACACUUUUCCACUAAAACAAAAAUAAUGCUAAGAUAGAAAUGGAAGAUAGGAAGUAUGUAGAGAAGCCAAGUUAUUCAGUAAAAACCUUAUCCUUACUUUUAUGUAACUACUAGAAGAUUAUUUGAGGCCUGACACAAUUUCUUAUGUCUAAAAAAAGCCCCUAGUGCUCUAAUGCAUGGCUUUCGAGUCAUUUUUAGUCUUAGUAUGUUGUGUUAUAUAAUUUAAAAAAGAUAGUGCAUUAUUAUUAUUUUACUUAAAAGUAUACACAUGAACAAUUAUGUGUACAAUGAGUCAUUGCAUUUUUCUAUGGUAAAGAAUAUGUUUUUCUAUUGUGUAAAUUUACAGUAAAUAUGAGUUUUGUAAAUAUUUGUUGACAAGUAUGUAGAUAACACAGAUAUUUUUAAUAUGACUUAACUAUAGGUUAUAACAAAGUAUGCAACUUAAUAUAAAUUUAUUACAACAUUGAAGAAUGGUUUGACUACAAAGUAGAAUUCGAAAUAACUAGCAGUUUAUUUAGUUGUAUUUUGUUUUGUUAUGAUCUGGGUUUCCAUGCCUCCUCUCAUAAAAAUUAAAAAUCCCUAUUUUUUCCAUAAAGCAUUUAAAAAAAAUUGUUUCUUAGAAAAUUUAGCACCUUAAUUGUCAACAAUAUACAUAAUUUUAAAAAAAAGUCCUGUAUAGUGUUUACGACGUAAUUUUGACUGUUACAGAUUUAAUCAGUGAAAGGGCAUGGAAAAUUCCAUGAGAGCACGUCUGCUGCAACACAUAGCUACCAUUUUUCUCUUCGAGACCAAAGAUCUAGUAUUAUAAUUCUUAUGCUAUUUACUUAUGGAUUAAACUGGAUUUGUCCUUGUUAACUGUGACUUACUCUUCAACAACAGUUAUAAAUAUAUAAAAAGUCUAGUAGAUUUAGUCAAGAUAGUCCAGUAUCUCCUCAUUCCCCCUUAUUUCAAUCAAAAAAUUUCCUGCGAACUCCUCAGUUCUCCUUCCAUUUUAAUUUGAAAUAGUAGCGCUAAAGAACAAUGUUGCAAUAUUGUAAUUUUUUUUUUUUUUUUAUAAAAACUGAAAGUUUAGGUAUUUAUUAUUUGUGUUCUUACAUUUUGUAUGUAUUUUUAGUACCAAGUUAUAUUUGUUUUGUUUUUAUGAUCUGUUUCUAUAGUUUUGGUAACGUGUUUUCAUAAAGGCUAAUCCUUUAUUGGUUUUCAAUGUUGAAGGAGCAUUUGAUAAAGGCGUGUAACAAUCUAAUAUCUGGUUGUGUUAAGGAGGCAUUUUAAAUGUUUUUCUUGCCCUGAUGGAGAGAUUAUUUAACAACAAGCGAAGGCAAUGCAUUCAAAUUUUGAAAAACAACGUUCCUUUCAUUUUCCUGCUGCGUGUUUUUUGACUGAUUGGUUUCAGUGUGUGACAUUAUAUUUGUUAAUUUUGAGAAGUUGGCUACAUGGUUUUAGUUAUGCCAAAAUAAUAACCACAGGGCUACUAAAUUCUUUUAAAAAAAUAAUUAUUGAGCAAGCAUAAUUUUUGGUUGCUCUUUGAUGAGGAUAAUAAUUUUAUUUUUCAAUAUUUUAGGAAGUGUGUUUAUGUUAAGUUAUUACACAUUUUGUUAUUUGUAUUUUUGUUUCAGCGUGAUCAGGAUUAAGCUCCCAAUACCAAUACCUUAAAUUCCAGGGUUUUUUUCACAACAAAUAAAAUUAAAGGCCUUUUUUUAUUUUUUCAAAAUUUUUUAAAUUUGCAUACAUUUUUCUAGUUUAAAUUGUCUCUUUUUUUAUUUUAUUUUUCAUCCAUUUUAAGCCUUUAAAUAAAUAUGUAUACAAAU